GCUACCGACAACCAUUCCAAUUCGUUCUUCCGUACAGUGUACAGAGAAAGAGAAACCAAAACAACAUUCAGCCAAAAUGACUGAGACCGCUACCGACGUUGUUGACGCCGCGCCAGCUGCCGCUGCAUCGCCGGCAAAGGCCACCAAGAAGCCGAAGGCCGCCAAGGGUGACGCCAAGAAGCCGAAGAAGCCAGCUACCCACCCGCCGGUCAACGAGAUGGUCAUUGCGGCUAUCCAGACCCUGAAGGAGCGUAACGGAUCAUCGCUGCAGGCCAUCAAGAAGUACAUCGCUGCCAACUACAAGUGCGACGUGGCCAAGCUGUCCACGUUCAUCAAGAAGGCUCUGAAGACCAACGUCGAGAAGGGAAAGCUUGUCCAGACCAAGGGCUCCGGUGCCAGCGGAUCGUUCAAGAUCAAGGCCGAGGCCAAGAAGCCAGCCGGCGAAAAGAAGCCCAAGAAGGCCGCUGGUGAGAAGAAGAAGGUCGCCAAGAAGGCCGCCGCCAAGAAACCACCAAGCCGUCAGAAGGCCACCAAGCCGUCCAAGACCGCGGCCAAGAAGCCCAAGACCCCGAAACCAAAGAAGGCAGCUGCCCCGAAGAAGGCCGCCGCCAAGAAGUAAAU